AUGACAUUUUACCUGCGCCUGCUGACUAGGCGCCAGCGUGUUGGGCUGGCGUGGCUUGCCACAUGCGCAAAUGUGGUAAAUGAAGAACUCAAACUUCUCUCAUCUGGCAAAGUUGAGAAAGUGACCAACCAGCUGUUCGAGAAAAGGCCAAAGAAGUUUGGGAUCGGGGGCGCGCUGCCGCCCAAGAAGGACCUCCACCGCUUCGUGAAGUGGCCCAAGGGACUAAUUGCCAAUAGGGGACCAAUGGAUGUGAUAGCAACAAACUUGUUCAAGAUGCUUCUUAAGUACCCCCCUGAAGACAAAGCUGCCAAGGAGAGGCUUUUGAAGAGAGCCCAGGCUAGAGCUGAAGGGAAAACUGUUGAAGCAAAGAAGCAAAUAGUUGUGAAGUAUGGCCUUAACCAUGUGACUUACCUCAUUGAGCAGAACAAGGCCCAACUUGUUGUCAUUGCUCAUGAUGUUGAUCCGAUCGAGCUGGUUGUGUGGCUUCCAGCCCUUUGCAGGAAUGGAGGUUCCAUACUGCAUCGUCAAGGGAAAAGCACGCCUUGGAUCGGUUGUUCACAAGAAGACCGCAUCUGUUCUAUGCCUAACCACUGUAAAAACGAGGACAAACUUGAGUUCAGCAAGGUUCUUGAGGCUAUUAAGGCAAACUUCAAUGACAAGUUUGAUGAGGUCAGGAAGAAGUGGGGUGGUGGUGUGAUGGGAUCCAAAUCACAAGCGAAAACCUAG